UUGGUUGGGCCACAGUCAAGACUUCGGCCUUGCGAAAUUUGUGAUUUCUCCCUGGCCAAUAUCCGAAGAGGGCCUCCCCAUGGCUCAAAAGACGAGCGCGGCCUUUCCAUGUGUGCAUUCGGAGAGGACACAUCCCCCAUUGUUCUCCUCAGCUGCAUUUUGCCAGGAACUGCUUGUCCAGUCCUGCCAUUCGCGAAAUGGAGCGAGGCUUUGCUUGGCUCCUGUUUGCACAGCAAAUGCCUGCGAUUAGCGGCAACAAUGCUGCUAAUUUUGUGGAGAAGGCCGGGUCUUUCAGAGCCCCCCAAAGAGAGAUGCACAAAGAGCCUCUUGCAAGAGUCCAAUGCGCACAAAUGUGGACGAUCUUGUCCUCAGCUCCCUCGGGAGAAAAAUGAAUCGCGCCUCCCCCCGCGCUGCAGCCUGGGCUCCAAAAAAAGGUCCGACAGGAGAGCCGGUGGAUCCUGUAUGGGUGUCCCGGAGAUCGCAGGAUGAGCCUGCGAGACCGUCCCGGUACUCACGCGAUGCAGCCAAAAAAUAAAAAAGGUCUGGCUACGAGUGAUCCCGUUCUGCGCUGCAUGCUGGGCGACUAUCAUUGCACCGACAGCAUGCUGCACAGAGUGCAUUCAGGCGGCGUCAGAUCCCGCAGGUACAGCAGGUGAUUCACGCGGGCAUUCAGCACGCAUCACGCCUGGAGGGCAACUCCUUUACAUGUCCUCC